AUGAGCAAAUUCGAAAAGGUGAAAGAACAGGGAAAUUCUCUGUUCAAACAGGGCCUGUAUCGCGAGGCCGUGCACUGUUACGACCAACUAAUUGCUGCGCAGCCGCAGAACCCGGUUGGAUAUAGCAACAAAGCCAUGGCGUUGAUCAAACUGUGUGAAUAUACACAGGCAAUUCGAAUGUGCCAGCAAGGACUGCGGUAUGCCUCAACGGCAGAGCACGCGGCCAUCAGAUCCAAGUUGCAGUAUCGUCUAGAGCUGUCACAAGCGGCGGUAGGGCCAGUGCAGAUCCCUGUUUUUGAGGUUGAUGAACUACCGGAGGGUUACGACCAAUGCUAG